CGCGCACGCAAUAGUCUGUUGGCAGACAAAGUGCUGAUGAGACAACGAAAGCUGAACGGUUUCAAUAUAUUUUUACUGCAUCGAUCUCAAGGAUUUGGAAUUGAAGAAUGCAGGGCAAUGCUGACAAGGAUACAUUAAAUGUAAAUACAACAUAAAAAGCUAACACAUGCUGAAUCAGUAAUGUACCUACAGGGACAGCAUAUCAGACAGGAGGGCAUUUAAUAAAGCUAUAUUUGUUUUGUAUACUUUUUCAGAGGCAUUGCCAAGUGGUAUUCAGCUCAUCACUGUACAAGCUGGUCUUUGAAAGCCUGCUGUAAAACGGUCCAUAUAACUGACAUUACUGAGUAUCCAUACGUAGCUUUUACCCAGGACACUACAGAGGCAAAUAUAUCAAACACAGGUCUACCUCAACAUAAAAUAAUCAAAUCAUUCCUCAGUUGUACUGAUGUAAACCAGAUCAGGACAAACAACCAUUCAAUUUCCUUUCACUGAAAACAAUACACUCACAGAGAGAAGGUGCAGACAUCAUCAUAGUUGAUAAAUUCCGCACAGAAGUUCCCAGGACAACACAGUGCACAUUCCGUACGGGUCAAGGUUAGUGUCUGGGUAGCAGUUAGGUCACACACACAUAUCCCACCCCCACCCACUCCUCACAGCAUUCCCACAAUCCUCCAUUUCUCUUUCCCCCCCCAAAUCCUGACAACGGCUGAGAAUUUCAAUGGAGCAGCGUGGAGCCUGUGUCCCCCACCCGCUCUUCGUCAGCUGACUGGCUGACUUCACAUCUCCUACGCGCGACUGCACGUCCUCCCUGACCUUCGAACUCUUCCCUGCCACCGCCCCCACCCUCUGGUCGCCAUGGCGUCAGUGCGCUUCACCGUGACGCCCACCAAGGCCGAGGACGUGCCGGGGCUGUCGGACACUUCGCCGGACGUCAGCCUGCGCUCCUGCAGCCGGGUGCACUUUGGCUCGCGGGAGAGCAUCAGCCGCAGCGAGCCGCACAGCGAGGGGGCCUCGCUUGGACUCCCGGGGAACGAGACACCCGACUGCAACUCCGAGCAAGGCGAUGGAAAGAUCUCCAGCGUGUACAUCAAUAAUUCCCAUGGGAUGGACGAUGAUGACUUCUAUGACAGAAACCUGGCUCUGUUUGAGGAGGAGAUGGACACUCGGCCGAAGGUGUCGUCUCUUCUCAGUCGUCUGGUCAACUACACAAACCUCACACAGGGGGCCAAGGAGCACGAGGAGGCCGAGAUCAUCGGAGACAAACGCAAAAUCGGCAAGUCUCCUCAAAUGGGCACGUUCAUGGGCGUCUACCUGCCAUGCCUGCAGAACAUUUUCGGGGUGAUCCUCUUCCUCAGGCUCACCUGGGUGGUGGGCUGUGCUGGGGUCCUACAGGCGCUCUGCAUCAUCUUCAUCUGCUGCUGCUGUACUCUGCUGACCGCCAUCUCUAUGAGUGCCAUUGCCACAAAUGGAGUUGUACCAGCGGGGGGUUCGUACUUCAUGAUCUCGCGGUCGCUGGGUCCCGAGUUCGGGGGAGCCGUGGGUCUAUGCUUCUACCUGGGCACCACCUUCGCUGGAGCCAUGUACAUCCUGGGAGCCAUCGAGAUACUGCUGCUGUACAUCGCCCCGAGCGUGGCUCUGUUCAAGGGGUCGGACGCGAGCAGCGAGCAGACGGCCAUGCUGAACAACAUGCGCCUCUACGGCUCCCUCUGCCUGCUGCUCAUGUCGCUGCUGGUCUUCGUGGGCGUCAAGUACGUCAACAAGCUGGCCUCGGUCUUCCUGGCCUGUGUGGUCAUCUCUAUCCUCUCAUCUACACCGGCGCCCUCGUCUCCGCCUUCAGCCCGCCCGAGUUCCCGGUGUGUAUGCUGGGGAACCGCUCCAUCUCGACCCAUCAGAUCAGCCUCCAGGAGUGCAGCAAGACUGUUCUGGUUCCAGCGCCGCCCGACACCUCACUCCCGCCCCGCCUUCACCGACGUGCCACCCGCGGUCACCACGGGAGGCUACGGCAACCUGACGCUGCCCGACGAGUGGACAGCGGACAACGUCACACUGGCGCCGCCGCCGGCAACCCCGGCGCUUGUGGAGCGUUUCUCGCUGCUAUGGCAACGCUUCUGCAACAGCACGGAGGCCAACACCUCGUGCUGUCUGCAGAAGCGCCCUGGCAUGGCCAGUGGAGUUAUCAAGGAGAACCUAUGGAGCGUGUACCAGAGUCAGGGGGAGGUGCUUGAGCAGGGCUCUGGCCCCUCCCCUGACCAAGUCCAGCAGCCCAACCACCUGCCGUACAUCUUCGCCGACCUGACCACCUCCUUCACCGUGCUGGUGGGCAUCUUCUUCCCCUCCGUCACAGGCAUCAUGGCGGGCUCUAACCGCUCGGGGGAUCUGAAAGAUGCUCAGCGCUCCAUCCCCAUUGGCACCAUACUGGCCAUCCUCACCACAUCCUUCGUCUACCUGAGUUGUGUGGUGCUUUUCGGAGCCUGCGUGGAAGGCGUGGUGCUAAGAGACAAAUUUGGAGACUCUGUGAGUGGGAACCUGGUGGUGGGUACUCUCUCUUGGCCCUCCCCCUGGGUCAUCGUGAUUGGCUCCUUUUUCUCGACGUGCGGUGCUGGCCUCCAAUCACUGACAGGUGCACCCCGUCUCCUGCAGGCCAUCGCUAAGGACAACAUCAUCCCCUUUCUGAGGGUGUUUGGACAUGGUAAGGCGAAUGGUGAGCCCACGUGGGCUCUGCUGCUGACUGCUCUGAUCGCUGAGCUGGGGAUCCUCAUUGCCUCUCUGGACCUCGUUGCACCCAUCCUCUCUAUGUUCUUCUUGAUGUGUUAUCUGUUUGUGAAUCUGGCCUGUGCACUGCAGACGCUGCUCCGAACCCCCAGCUGGAGACCACGCUUCUCCUACUACCACUGGACUCUCUCUUUUUUGGGCAUGACGAUUUGCCUCGCGUUGAUGUUUAUAUCGUCAUGGUACUACGCCAUUGUUGCCAUGGCGAUUGCAGGCAUGAUCUACAAGUACAUCGAGUACCACGGGGCAGAGAAGGAGUGGGGUGAUGGCAUCAGAGGUCUGUCUCUCAGCGCUGCUCGCUUUGCCCUGCUCAGGCUGGAAGAGGGAGCUCCUCACACUAAAAACUGGAGGCCUCAGCUGCUGGUGCUGUUGAAGCUGGACGAGGAUGCGCACGUGAAGUCCCCACGGCUGCUGACGUUUGCUGCCCAGCUGAAGGCGGGAAAAGGCCUGACCAUCGUGGGCACUGUUCUCUCCGGGAACUUCCUGCACAGCUAUGGCGAGGCACUGGCCGCCGAGCAGACUCUGAAGCACCUGAUGGAGAAGGAGCGGGUGAAGGGCUUCUGCCAGUGCAUCGUGGCCCAGAAGCCCCGCGAGGGCAUCAGCCACAUGAUCCAGUCCAGCGGCCUGGGCGGCAUGAAGCCCAACACGGUAGUCAUGGGCUGGCCCCUCGCCUGGAGACAGAGCGAGGACCCGCAGUCCUGGAAGACCUUCAUCAAUACGGUGCGGGUGACCACAGCGGCCCACUUGGCUCUGCUGGUGCCCAAGAACAUCUCCCUGUUCCCCACCAGCAGCGAGCCCUGCACCGAGGGCACCAUCGACGUCUGGUGGAUCGUCCAUGACGGAGGCAUGCUCAUGCUGCUCCCCUUCCUGUUGCACCAGCACAAGGUGUGGCGUAAGUGUGCCAUGCGGAUCUUCACAGUGGCUCAGAUGGAGGACAACUCCAUUCAGAUGAAGAAGGACUUGGCCACCUUUCUCUACCAGCUGCGGAUAGAGGCCGAGGUGGAGGUGGUGGAAAUGCAUGACAGUGACAUCAGUGCGUACACGUACGAGCGAACUCUGAUGAUGGAGCAGCGCUGCCAGAUGCUCCGGCAAAUGCGUCUCUCCAAGUCCGACCGCGAGAAGGAGGUGUAUCUCUCUCCCAUACCGAAGACAGAGGCAGUCUACACCAACCCCCGCAACCACAACAAGAGACAGGUAGAACGAGAGAGGAAGAGAGGAGGAUGGAGAGAGGGGAGUAGAGGAGGAGGAGAGCAGGGAAGAGCUGAAGAAAGGAAUACAGCUCAGCUGGUGAAGGACCGCAACUCCAUGCUGCGCUUGACCAGCAUCGGCUCCGACGACGACGACGACACAGACGGAUGUUCAGGUGGAGCGGGAGCAACAGCAGCAUCAGGAGGAGGAGGAGGAGGUGGGGACCGCAACGAGCGCAGCGGAGGAGGAGGAGGAGGAGGAGCGACAGGGGCAGAGAACCAGCGGGUGCACAUGACCUGGACCAAAGAGAGGGCGCAGCGGGUCCUCCUCACGCAGACGCAAACUUACACACACUCUGGCUGCAGCACGCCCGAGGGCUUCAGAGACAUGCUCAGCAUCAGGCCGGACCAAUCCAACGUACGGCGCAUGCACACUGCGGUGAAGCUCAAUGAGGUCAUCGUCAACAAGUCCCAUGAUGCUCGGCUGGUCCUGCUCAACAUGCCCGGUCCACCCAGAAACCCAGACGGAGAUGAGAACUACAUGGAGUUUUUGGAGGUACUCACAGAGGGGCUGGAACGUGUCCUAUUGGUCAGGGGAGGAGGAAGUGAGGUCAUCACCAUCUACUCCUGAUUGAACAGCAAGAUGGAAAUGUUUCCAAAUAUUUUUUUUGCCAACAGUGAGGGGGUGAAAGGGAGGUAUUGCUAGCAGAUGGAUGCCCCCUCCCUCCUCCAAACAAUCCAAAACCCCAACCUUAAGUACUGACAUUAAUUGGCCAUUGUUAUUGCAACUCCCACCAGCUAGUAUAUAAUAACUUUUUGGCCAUUGUUUCCCUCUCCUUCUACCACUCCUUGUUAGACCACUUGAGAACAUUUAAAAAGCCAAUCCACAUCUCAUUCCAAUUCACCCCCUCAAAACAAGCAGUGUCUGAGUGCUAUGUUUGAGUGCUCUGUGCUCUUUGUCGACCUGUGCGUGUGGGUGUGCGUGUGUGUGUAUGUGUGUGUGGUGGAGAAUGUAUAGGCCCAUGAGUGUAUCAUCAAAAGUAGUUGACUGAAAGUGAGAUUGAAGAUUGAAAGGGAAAUCAGGGACCAGUUGUGAGCUGACAGACAAGACAACACAAGUUGGAUAGUGUGUUAGUGUGUGCGUGUCUGUGUGUGUGGUAUCUAUGGAGUGCGGUGUCGUGGACCAAUGUUUAAACCACACAAAACACAGUGGAACAGAGAUUGUGUUCCAUUGGAUUGACUCAGGAGUAGCUUCAGUAGGUUUGAUAUUGGACCUGGUGUGACCAUAUGUGUGUGUUUGAGCGAGUUUGAAGGUAGUAGUAUAUGUCGAUCCAUCAUGUCAGCUCUGUGCACAUGUAUGGUCAUCAAGAAGAAGUGUGUGUGUGUGUGUGUUGCCCAAAAGGCAAGGGGCAGGAGGGGGCAAAUUUCCUUUUUGAAAAGGGUAACAGUGUUGUAGCAAUAUAGAUCUGGCCUUGUUGCACAUUGGACCACUAUAGAGAGGACCAUCACAAAGCAUGCUGUUCAGUGAUGUUAAGUGUUCAAACUGUGGUCUGCAAAGUGUGUGUGUGUGUGUGAGAGAGAGAGAGAGAGAGAGAGAGUGAGUGUGUGGUAGUGUAAUUGCUUGUAGAAUCCAUAAUGGGCGAAGUUAUUUGUGCGCUGCUUUUUUCUUCGCUUGACACUUUUGCGGUCCUGUGCUGUCCAAUCCACCACCAAAACUAUACCUCCUUUGCCAUCGUCUCCUGGUGUCUCCUGCUGUGUGUAUGUGUGUGUGUGUGUGUGCGUGUGUGCGUGCGUGUGUGUGUGUGCAUGCGUAUGUAUCAGCUGCCUACAGCAACGCUUGUGAACUCAACUCAACAGAGGAGUGGGAAGGAGACAUUUUAUUCCACUAACCUUCUUGUCUCAGUGUUGUUCAUUUAAUGUGCAGGGAUUGUAUUUGUUUCUGUUUCUUGGCUUGUAUAUACACAAAGAUGUCCCAGAUUUUAUCUUUUUUUUUAAUGCCAUCAGUUGAAUAUUGACAACUGCUUGAAAGCUGGGAAUAAACCAAUUUUGUGAAGAAA